CCAGAUUUUCUCCACAUUCUGGCCCGGUCAGAUAUCUCCAGACCUCGUCUCCCGAACGUGUACCUGCAUGAUGGAGGCGCCGCACCCGCAGGCUAGUCCUGAUUCGCUAGAGAAAGAGCGUCUCUUCCAGUGCAGCACGUGCAAGCGCUCAUUCACGCGUGUGGACCACCUCACGCGCCACGUACGCUCUCACACCAAGCACAAGCCUUGCAUCUGCCCUGUAUGCUCCAAAGGCUUCGCAAGAAUAGACCUGCUGAAGAGGCAUACCGCAAACCAUUCUUCCGAUCACGCAAAGGCACGCACAAGGAAAGCGACUAUUCGCCAGAGCCGCGUAGUACAGGCUUGCGAAUCCUGCGCCCAGAAUCAUCUUCGAUGCGAAGAUGACAAGCCAUGCACCAGAUGUAGGAAGAAGGGCAUCAUCUGUCGCGUCCCUGCUUCGGGUGAGAGUGAGUGCGAUACCAUGGACGCCGCUCAUGAUCUCUUCGCUCUAUCGAACGAAUCUGAACAUCCACCGCAAACGACGACCUUACCCGAGACGACCUACCUGCAUACGCCCCCAAGCCUAAUUGCUCACGAGGGAACCCCAUUCCCCCCAGAGCCUCCGAGCGCGGAUGAAAGUGUCGACACCCAAAGGCAGCCCGAAAUGCCGGGAGAGUCAGAUCUGCACGCCUCAUAUAUGGGAGAUAGCGCCAUAUCCUUUAGCGACGAAUCUCCGGUAGACUCACAUGUUCCGGAAUACAUCCGCCAUAUGCCACCUCUGGAAUCCUGCUUUUCCGGUUAUGCUACUCCACAUAGAAACAUGGACUUCGACUUCAACUGGGGUAUCGACCUUAGCGGCCUUGAUUUUGGGUUUUUGGACCAGCACACUGCACCAGAAGUGUUCCCGGAGGACUUCCUCUCGACGGACACGCAAAACACUGAGCAACAGUCUUGCUUUGACGCGCCUCAAGAUGAAGUCACCAUACGGGCUGAAGCCUUCAAGCGCAGUGUUUGGCGUUAUAUGCCUCCGAGAGACACCAAUCCCGGGAUUGCCGAGGAGCCCAAUUUGGCUCUUCCCGAUGAGGAGAAAGAUGGCCAGACGCAAUCACAUAUGGUAUCACGCAGAGCCACGAAAGAUCGUCUCUCCUAUGUUGCACGGGACAAGCUCCUUGCGCUUGUCCUAAGUACUUCCAGUCCAGCAAACGCGAAACAGAUCUCAGCUGGCUUUCCCUCCCUUCAACUACUCGACUGCCUUAUCCAGAUCUUUCUUACAGCUCCUUCGAUCGAUGCGGCAUCUUGGUUACAUAUCCCUACCUAUUCGUCUUCAGUCCUCAAACCCGAACUUCUAGCUAAUAUUGUAGCUGCGGGCGCAUCAUGUACAUCGGAUAAGUCUCUUCAGAAGCUCGGGUUCGCUUUACAGGAAGCUUCCAGAGUUGGAAUAGGAAGAGCUUUCGACCAAGACAAUUCUGCCAUCCGGGAUAUUCAGUAUCUUCAGAUUCAAUUAUUGCAGGUCGAAACUGGCAUGUGGAGCGGCAUCAGUCGCAAGAUGGAAAUCGCAGAAAGUUUCCUCCAACCACCUGUCACCAUGCUUCGUCGUGGAGGCCGAUUUCGACAUUCCAUCUGGAAGGAGAUAGUCCCUACACCGGAUGACAGCGGAUCGGCCCUGCAGGGAAAAUGGAAGGAAUGGGUGCAUCAAGAGUCAUGGCUCCGGCUGGUCUACCGUUAUUUCGAGUUCGAUAGGCAGUCAUCUAUGGCACUGUUGAAGCCGCCGCUCAUCUCGUACUCUGAAAUGCAGUUGCCUCUCCCUCAUCCCGACAGCUUGUGGUACGCGAACUCAGCCGAGGCGUGGCGGUCAGCAUAUUUUUCGAGCGCCGUUCCUAUGGCAAAACGACCCUCGCCGUCGGACUGUCUACUGGACUUGAAGUGGCUUACCUACAACAACACGGCAAACUUAGUGUAUCUCUACAUGGUAUGGGGUAUGAUUUGGGAAUACAGACAGAUGGCGACUCUGAUGGCCAGGCUGGAGUCCGACCACGGCCUGAUACUCUCCUCCCGGUAUCAGGAGAUCUCCAAGUAUUUUGACGACUUCCGUGUCAACAACUCGUCCUCGAACAUCGAUCUGGAAAUCAUUCUUCAAGUCAUGCUCAUGCACCUUAAUGCGCCCUUGGACGACAUGCAGACCUUUGCUGGCAUCGCCGGACCAGAAGAAGCAAGGCACACCUAUCCCACGUUUCGAGAUUGGGUGAAAACGCCAUCGGCACGGCAAGCUUUAUGGCACGCUGGACGGAUACUGAAGCUUGCACAAGGUCUACCUAUGGGCACCCUCCGCAAUUUUCAUGCUAUGGCGGUGUAUCAUGCGGGACUGAUCUUGUGGGGCUAUGGACUUCUUGAUCGCUCCUCUACCACCAAUCCACCCAACCAUGACCUUCCAUGUGUCGCGCUCAAUGGAGAGGAGAGCCUCGAUGUUCGGAGGUUCAUCAAGCUAAACCACGGCCAGCCUGUUUUGCAAAGCUGGGACCCUCAGCAUCCGCCUGUACUUAUCCAUACCGCUUCUCAGGUUAUCGACUUUGCGAGGCACCUAUUGCUUCGAAACCACGAUGCCACCGACGGGUCCUAUCCACCUCUGGUGGACAGCCUGGUGCAGUUGAUGGAUGGUUUGCGGUCGGCGACAAAGUAAAGUUAUCGUUACGGACGCGCAUCUCUGUGGAACGAAAUGAUAUAUCAUACAACUGGUUCAUCAUGAUCCCCUUAGUUUGCUGCCAAUAUGCC